UCCCUUCGGUUGAAGAAGUCAGUAAAUGGAGCCCUAAGAACGUCAUUACUUUUCUGGAGACUAAGAAGGAUGAGUUGUUUCUCAGAGACCAAGAUAUUAAAGUUUUUGAAGAUAACUGGGUCGCUGGUCGCGCGUUUCUCAACCUGACUGUGGAAAAGCUUGAAAGAUGGGGAAUGUCAGGAGGACCAGCGGAAACUAUUGUAGACCUAAUCAAAGAAAUAAAGGGCGAGCGAGAAG